AUGAUUAAUCAUUGCGCGGGAUUACAGACGCACAUUCAAAUCUAUCUAUCUAUCUAUCUAUCUAUCUAUCUAUCUAUCUAUCUAUCUAUCUAUCUAUCUAAUUUUCCUCAUUACCUAUCUAUGUCUAUUCCUAUAUAUCGCAGCAUGUUAAUAUCUAUCUAUCUAUCUAUCUAUCUAUCUAUCUAUCUAUCUAUCUAUCUAUCUAUCUAUCUCAGCCUAUUGAAAUCUAUCUAUCUAUCUAUCUAUCUAUCUAUCUAUCUAUCUAUCUAUGUCUAUUCCUAUAUAUCACAGCUUGUUAAUAUCUAUCUAUCUAUCUGUCUGUCUCCUAUUGAAAUCUAUCUAUCUAUCUAUCUAUCUAUCUAUCUAUCUAUCUAUCUAUUUGUUAUAUCUUUCUACCCAUGUAUGUAUGUCUGUCAUCUAUCCACAGCUGUCCCUCUCAUAACCUCUUCUUGCUUUAUACUAACGAUCUAUGAUUCAUAUCUAUCUAUCUAUGUAUCUAUCUAUCUAUCUAUCUCGCUAUUUUCAUAUCUUUCUUUCUUUCUUUCUUUCUUUGUUUCUUUCUUUUUCGGUAUUUUCAUAUCUAUCUAUCUAUCUAUCUAUAUCGCUAUUUUCAUAUCUUUCUUUCUUUCUUUGUUUCUUUCUUUCUUUUUCGGUAUUUUCAUAUCUAUCUCUCUAUCUAUCUAUCUAUAUCGCUAUUUUCAUAUCUUUCUUUUUUCAUUCUUUCUUUUCUUAUUUCUUUCUUUCCUUCUUUCUUUCUUUCUCGGUAUUUUCAUAUUUUCUAUCUAUCUAUCUAUCUAUCUAUCUAUCUAUCUCAGAUCAUUCACAUCUAUCUAUCUAUCUAUUUCGAAGUUGUCUGGUUAUCUACCUAUAUCGUUAUUUUCAUGUCUUUCCUUCUUUCUUUCUUUCUUUUUCAUUAUUUUCAUAUAUCUCUCUCUCUCUAUCUCUAUCUAUCUAUCUAUCUAUCUAUCUUCUUCUGUCUUUCUUUCUUUCUAUCUAUCUAUCUUUCUCGUUAUUUUCAUAUCUAUCUAUCUAUCUAUUUUCAUAUCUUUCUUUUCUCAUUCUUUCUUUCUUUUCUUCUUUUCUUCUUUCUUUCUUUCCUUCUUUCUUUCUCGGUAUUUUCAUAUUUUCUCCCUUCUAUCUAUCUAUCUAUCUCGCUAUUUUUAUAUCUUUCUUUUUUCUUUCCUUCUUUCCUUCCUUCUUUCUUUCUUUCUUGGUAUUUUCAUAUCUAUCUGUCUAUCUAUUUUCAUAUCUUUCUUUUUUUCUUUCUUUCUUUUUUCUUUCUUUUUUCUUUCUUUUCUUCUUUCUUUCUUUCUUUCUUUCUCGGUAUUUUCAUAUCUAUCUAUCUAUCUAUCUAUCUAUCUAUCUAUCUAUCUAUGUACCAAGGCUCAAUCAGCCCCGGCUUCGCCAGUCAAGAAGCCUGAGGAAAAUACCACAAGAAGACGUCCUCCUUCCCCUCUAAAAUCACCUCUGUCACCCAUUCGCAAUACGCCUCCUUAUCAAACACCCCCUCCAAAUACAACUGCAGCCGAUGAUAUUUCUACUCCUCCCAACACUCCACUUUCCACCAGUUACAAUUCCUAG